GUCACAUCAAAAUAUUUGUCCAAAAGCCCAUACGACAGUAAGAACUCCAGGUGUCUUCUAAUCUUUUUAAUUUCUUAAACUGUUUUGGUAUAAUUAGCCUGAAUCCCUAACAUGCUACUCUUCCGGGUUGUUGCCCUGGUAACUGCUGAGCCUCUGGAGAUGAUGUCACCAUCUUCCCGGCCACGCGGAGGCGCUGUCUCAGCUCGAGCUCCAUCCUGUUCAGAGGCUCGGUUGCUACGUCACCAAAUUUCACCGAAUGUGAUGGAACAGCGUGGAACAACGUAGGUACAAGUCAAGAAAGAAACACAGCGCCAGAAACUCAUGCAAGAUGAGGGAAGCGGCUCUUCUGCUUGCACCGUGUGUGGUUCUGUGUCUCCUCCUGAGCUCCAUCCAGGCAGCCAGACAAGGACAGGACAUCAGAUGUGGAGCCUGCAGGGCUCUGGUAGAUGAGAUGGAGUGGGCCAUCUCCCAGAUAGAUCCCAAGAAAAUGAUCCAGACUGGAUCAUUCAGGAUCAACCCAGAUGGCAGCCAGUCCAUCAGAGAGGUACCUCUUGCCCGCUCCGAGGGAAACCUCCUGGAGCUGAUGGAGAGUGUGUGUGAGAGGAUGGAGGACUACGGCGAACACACAGAUUCUUCCACAAGCAGAAAGUCGUACAUUAGGAUCAAAUCUCGGAGCGGUGAAGCCAUGGACCUCUCAGAUGCCACACUGGAUACGAGAGUCACAGCCAGUUUAAAGUUUGCAUGUGAAACAAUUGUUGAGCAACAUGAAGAUGAAAUCAUUGAAUUCUUCGCUCAUGAGACAGAUAAUGUUAAAGAUAAACUCUGCAGCAAGAGAACAGAUCUCUGUGACCACGCUCUGAAAAUCCCCCAUGAUGAACUUUGAUGUCUGCCCACGGCUACUGUUUCUCCUCAGCCGAAAUGGAGAUGUCUGGUGCUGUAAUAUUUUUAGUUUAGUUCACUUAUCACCAUUUUACACAGUGUCAGUGGUGGGGGAUGGAUACAUAUCCUUGAAAAAUUAAAACAUAGAAAAUCCACCUGUCAGAAAUAAAACCAUUCCUGUGACUGUGGGGAGUUUAAAGUUGCUUAUAAACUGUUAAUUUAUUACAUUUUUCAGUACUCCUUUUCUCUUAUGGCUUCUGUCUUGCUUUUAAACACUUCACAUGGCAAUAUAAAUAUAAACUAACACUCCCGGCAGAUUCAAGUCCUUUAUGUCUACGUAAAAUAAUGAAAUAAACUGUGAAUAGUAGGUUGGGAGCUCAAAAACUUCAUCAAGUGGUCAUUAAAAUGAAUGAUUGCAAAACAAGAUGCCACAAAAUCUGAUAAAUUCACCAUAAUAUGAAUAAAUGUUCCUUUAUGACAGGGAAAACUGAUUAUAGAUUGAGGAUACAUUAUGCAAGAGUUUAGAUUUCAGUGAAAUCUGUUUUCAUUCUAAGAGACAAAAUGCACCUUUAUCAUAAAACAAAUGUUUCUCAAUUAUUGCAGUCAAACACCAUCACUGGAGAUAUCUCAGAACCGUUGAUCCAAAGAUGAAAAAGAUUGAGAUUAUUGUCAGAUAUGUCUGAAUACAUCAUGCAUUUCAACUACAGAUACAGGUAUUUGGUGAUUAUUUAAAAAAUUGGGGUGGAGUAAAAGAAAUUUUUAAAUAUUUUGGACCUAGCUAUAAAGUAACAUCCAUCCAUUAUCUGAACACUGCGUAGAGUUUAGUUAAAUUCAAUAAAUGUACUGAAUUGACUCCCAGGGAAUUUAUAUGCUGAUUGAUUAUGUGAUCCAGAAACUUAUUACAAUAUAAAUGACAAUGAAGUUACUGAUUUACAAAUGGGCUGAAAGCAUUGGGUGUUUUAACUAGUCUUUCUUGGCUGCAGUGCUAAACAGUGGGCUUUUCUUUACGGUAAACACUAAAGCCAGGUUCAGUACUCUUUGUUUUUAAGAUUUUCAUGUUACGUUUCUGUAUCAAGUUGAUUAAAAGGUAACUCCACUAGGGUGUGCUGUAGUCCACGUCUGAUCUUUGAGCCGAAAUUGAAAUGCCCUCAGUUAAAGAUCCUAAUGCUGUACCCUCCACAUAAAAAGAGAUAAUAAGAUGAACUUAAUAUCUCAUGUGAACAUUCUCCUGAAAUUUCCUGUUUUUAUAUGAACUUUGUAAGUUUUCUUCAUCUGUUUUGUCUUCAAUCAAUGGAAAUAUAUUUGUACAUCA